AUGUCCCAGGCCGUCAAGAGGGCCUGUGACGCUUGUCAUCGUCGCAAGGUCAAGUGCGAUGGCAUCAACCCGUGUCGCAACUGCUCGUCCGCCCAGCUGUCAUGCACCUACAACGCCAUCCCGCAGAAGAAGGGCCCCAAAGGCUCUCGUGCCAAGGUUAUCAGCGAGUUGCGAGAGACGCAGCGACAGACGAGUCUGACGGCCAAGGUCCACAACCGCAUGAAUGGCAUCCCCAGUCCGCCAGAGCCCAUGGGCGGCGCUCCCACGCCGGGCAUGCUGUCCCCUGAACUCGUCAAGGACUGCCUCGAUUUCUACUUUGCCAACUUGUACGAAAAGGCACCCGUCCUCGACCGCCGGAGGAUUGAGCAGCAGCUGCCCUACAUGGAGCAGAACCGCGAUACCUACUGCCUCCUGACGGCUCUCUGUGGCUUCAUGGUUGUUCAGCCCGGCAUGGCUCUUCCCCUUGGCGACUACAACCUCGACAUGUACCCCGGUGCCGAUCUGGCCGCGAGCCAGGUUCUUCUCGAGGAGUGCCUCCGCGUCCGCCGAGGCCACGACUACCUUGACAGUCCUACUCUGGACACGCUCGCCACCAGCUUCUUCAUCUUCGCCAUCUACCAGUCUAUCGAGUUGCACGACAAGGCAUGGUUUUAUCUCCGCGAGGCUACGACCAUGGUUCACCUGAGUGGUAUGAACAAGGAGGACACGUACGGCCAGUGGGACGCCACCGAGUCGUCCCGGAGGAGACGGCUCUACUGGCUGUUCUUCGUUCUCGAGCGUGCCCACGCCAUCCAGCGCCAGCGACCCCUUACCCUCCAAGCCAGCAUCAAGCCCCCUUCUUCUGCAGAUGACCCUACCGACCCGCAAGCACACCAACUGACGAGCUUCAUCAUGCUCGUCAAGUUGUUCCACUCCUUUGACGACGCCUUCACCAGCUCCUGGAACAAGACGCGCAGCAACCUACCCCAUCAGCACAUUGCCACGCUGCAAAAGCAACUGGCCGACAUGCUGCCGACAUAUCUCUGCCAGGAUGACAACCUGUCGAACCUUCACACCAACCAGCAGUGGCUCAAGUCUACUCACUGGCAGCUGAGCAAUGGCAGUAUGAGUUCUCAUAACGCCGACGGCAUCGACUGGCAGGUUCCUCGCGACCUAUCACGCGAUCUUCUGAUGAAAAUGGCCUCCCAAUUCCCUGGACAGGGCAUGGAGCUGCUCGGCUCGGGACUUAUUGAGAAGGUCUUCGAGAUUGGUUCGAACAUGAUGGACUUCCUCGUCACGCAGCCCGCCUCACGGGAUCCCUUCAGCCUCGGACCUCGCGAGCAACUCAACCAGAUCCUCAACAUUGUCGGCGUUAUGCGCAAUGGCAACAACCACGUGCUGCCGCUGCUCUUCACCAAGAUUAAUGACGUCCUGCCACGCCUGACCAACCUCAUGCUGCAGAACGCACCAGAGAACUGUGCCCUCGCCAACAUUGACAUCUUCGAUGGUUUCGGCAACGCCGGCAUGGCGCAGCCGCCUCCCCAGAUGCAGAUGCAGAUGGACACCGACUACGACCGCAAGUUCUCUGUCGCCGAGUAUGAGAAGAACUUUGAGAUGAACGGCGUGAACAACGAGUCCCACGGCGUUCCAGCGUCUUCCAGCACGUCCAGUAUUCCGGCAGCGACGAGCGCCGAGCUCGCUUCGCCAUAUGCUAGCUCCCCAAGCGUCAUGUCGCCAGGCAUGGAGUUCCCUCGCCAGCAUCUCAACGAUUUUUGCGCACCCAUUCCCGAGCAGGUCAUGUCGCCUGUCGGUCAGUCCAUGAGUGGGUCCAGUUCGAUGAACUUCCAGAGCAUGCAGCAACAUCAACAACAACAACAACAACAGCAACAACAACAGUCUCAUCAACAGCAUCAGCACCAUAAUCACAUGCUCCAGAGCCAGUACAUGUCGCAGCACGCCACGCAACACAGUCUACCGCAGAGUCAGAGCAUGAACGGCUUCAACUCUCCGUCGACGCCCAGCCCCCCCGGCAUGAAUACGGCGUCCAUGCCCACAGCGCACUCCAUGUCACAAGGCUUGAUGAACCAGAUGCCCCGCCAGCCGCCGCAAAGGACCAACAGCUUCGCCAUGCCGCAGCAGGGGCAGGUCCGCACGGUGGGGGACUUCCACGCCCUGCAGCGGUCCAAUACGGGCGACCUGACCACGAUGGCCGGCAUGGGCGGCGGCGAGAUGGACUACGGUGGCAUGAGGUAA